GUCAGUAGUUCCGGCGUCUUCUGCGGGAAAGAGGUAUCUGGAAUGUUAGGCAGGCAUCGCCGUGGGCAUCUGCUGUUCUGUUAGGACCCCCCCCUCUCCUCCUCCACAAGAUGGCGGCGCCCAGGGGAGAGGCAGCGGUAGCACCGUUUGGAGUAUGGCUCAGUCAACGGCUGGAGGAGCUGGAAAUAGAUGAAGAUGUUUACGGCUCGUACAUCAACGGAAUUUUGCGAGAGGAAGAAAACGAAGAAGAGAAGUCUGAAGCUCUUCAAGCCAUAUUAUCCGCUUUUAUGGAUGAAGAUUCAUUGGCAGUAAUUUGCAAAGAUAUAAUUCAGAAAUGGUCUGAAACCACAAACAGUAUCACACAAGAAAAAAAUGUUGAAGAUGAAGUACAUGCCAUCGCAAGUAUGAUUGAGAAACAGGCUCAGAUUGUUGUGAAACAAAAAGACACUUCAGAAGAGGAGAAAUCGAGGAAAGCUGCAGUUCUUGCACAGUAUGCAAAUAUAACUGAUGAGGAAGAUGAAGAUGAAGAAUCCCAUGGAACAAGUGGAGCAUUUAACUUUGAAGACAAAUCUCUUUUCAAAAACACAAAUGUUGAAUCAGUUCUUGUUGCAAAAAAAGCAGAAAGAGAGAAGGCUCGGGAAGAUGCACAAAAAAAGAAGGAGCAAGAUAAACUACAGCGAGAGAAAGAUAAACUUGCCAAACAGGAAAGAAAAGAAAAGGAGAAGAAGAGAACACAGAAAGGAGAACGAAAGCGAUAGAUUAUUUGAAAGAUAUUAGACUGGAGUGUGCAGCUGUUCAGAGCUACAAGUUUACAUCCACAGAAAUGAUGUACUUUCUACCACUGAAACAGAAAACAUCUACUGAACUUAUUUGAAUUAUCGUUUGCUUUUUGGAAAAUAAAAUAUUUUUCAUUGUA